UUGGCAUGGAUGUAAGCAGGGCAGAAAUCUCUGUGGCUGAAAUGAGUGAAGAAAUAAUCUAUACUUCUGUACGGUUUUCACCUACACCGCCAGUUUGUGCCAACAAUGUCGUGACAAAUAGAGGUAAGCAAGCCAAAUGAAACUGGUGAAUCCCAGAGCAAAGGAUUUGUCAUGCGAUAUCUACACGAGCUAUUGCAGAAAUGUUCAGAGCUGGUCAUUGAUUUUUGGGUGUCCUGCUUGAGACAUCUUGGGUUUAUUUUUAAAAGUACUGAGCACUUACAACUCUAUGGGAAAUCAGUGGGAGCUGAAAGAGCACAGCAUCUCUUAAAGUAAGGCCCCUAGUAGGAUUCUCAGGUUGGGCACCCAAAAUCUGUAGCUUUCUUGAGCUUGACUGCAUGACGAUAGACUGGGGAAUUUAAGCCUAUGUACAUUAAUAAAGAUGAAGGUACAGAUAAAUUAUUGGCAUAUAUGAAUCAUAUAUGAGAGGGAAAAGAUCCUGUAGAUCAUUCUGUCUGUCUUCCAAGGGUGAGUGCAAGAUUGUUCAUUGUGGAAUAUUAUAGUUUUUCAGUGUUUUCUAUAGUCUAGCUUUAAAAGCCCCCCGUGACAGAGCUUCCAUCUCUUCUUCCGAGAGACCAUUCCACAGCUCAGCACAUCUCACUAUCUGGAAGAUUUUCCUGGGAUUCAUCUUAUAUUUUUCCUUUCAUAGUUUCCUCUCCCCUCUUGUUGUUUAUACCCUUCAGAUAUUUGCAGGCUGUUAUGAAGUCUGCACCUUAGUUGUGGUUAAGUUAAGAUUGAUUUUAGCUCUCUUAAUUUCUCCUUAUAAUUGCUUCCUUCCAGUCCCCUGAUCAUUUUUGUUGCUCUUCUCUGAACUCCCCCCAGUUUGCUAAUAUCUAAUAAUGAGGUGCCAACAUUGAACGUAAUAUUCCAGGUAGGAUCUCAUCAGAACUGUGUAGAGAGGGGCUAUCGCUUCACUGUCCCAAGAAAAGAUGCUUCCGUGUAUGCAGCUAAAACACACAUUCCUGGUGCCUGGGACUGUUGAUGCCACAUGCCUAGAUAUAAAUCUGUUUGAACAAAGCUGCAUAGGAAACUUCAAAUAUCCACCUGCCAGUGAAGUCUCACUCAGUUGGUAGGGAACCACCUUGGUUUUGGAUAUGUUUUCCAGCUGUGUUUCAAGUCCAUUACAUGGGAGAUGGGGAUUGUACUGUGUAUAUUUCAAUUAGAUGUUUGCAGUCUCUCUUUUGUUUCAAAAUCUCCCUUUUUACAUUGUCCCCUGCUGAACUAAGGCUAGAGGAACAGAAAAGGGGAAGCUCCUCUUCACAGCCAUGUCCCUCUGCCUCCCCAGGAAACAGUGACUGAUCACUGUCCACCUCGUUCCUCCAAAUCUCCAAAUGAAGUAUCUUUCUCUGGGCUGAAGCAAGGCUCUUACUACCUCUUAUAGGGUCACAUCUUGUCAUUCCCUGGGGAACAAUGCAGAUCCCCACAGUCAGCUCUCCAAGAGCUUUGUCCAGUCCUUGUUUAAAUGUCCUGUGUGUAAAAGAGUUCCCUCCUCUUCCUUUGGGGUGACUCUUCUCCAGUCUCACAGGUUCUUCACUGUUAGGAAAUAUUUCGUGAUUAUCCAGUGAGAGAUUUCCACCUCUUGUUCAGUUUCAUCUCAUCUUGGUUUUUUCCCUUUCCCCACACAAAGCCUCUCUCCUCAUGUGAUACCAUAAAAGCUGAGAUCAGCAGAGGCCCUUAGGCCUACGGCACCUUGGUUCAACAGGGCAGAACUACAGGCACUGAAUUCUCACUGGAGGACCCUCAACUCUGGAGUUUGCUUUCCUUCUUAGUUGGAUGGAUCCUGCCAAGACUCAGAUUCAGCCAGUAUGCGCUGGUGCAGCAUAUCAGGACUGCUUGCAUGCUGCUACCUUAUUCUCCAAAAUUUAAGUUUUCAUGUGUUUUAAAGUCUCUAGAUGUAAUGGUUGGUUGGAGAAAUGCACUCAGCUCCUGUUUUCAAGGCUAAUGGAUGCAGUGAUCUCUAUCUGUGUUUGCAGGAUCUGAAACAAUAACUCUGUGUGGUGUGAACUGCCCUAUUUAUCUCAGUGGGAGCCAAGCCAGAUACACAAGGAUAACAGUGUUGACAUUUCAAGUAUUAAUUAUUUCAUUGCUCACCUGUUGAAGUCCCGGGAGGUGGGCAUGCACAAACCUCCCCUCAACUGGGCAGUGCGUGAACCGCUGGCUGGGGGAGACUAGCCCCCAGCCCCGCCCCUUCUGCCCAGGGCCUUGCCCCUUCCACCGGAGCCCAGAGCCCUCCCACUGUGGCUGCCAGCCCCUGCCCCAGGCUAGUGCCCCCAGCCCUGGAGGGAGGGAGGGCGAUGCCAGUGCAGCCCCCUGCAACGCCAGGAGGGUGGGCAAUGUGGCCCCAGCCCCUGGAGCUGGGCUGCAGUGUGGGAAGCAGCAGGGAGCCUAGUGGUGGAGCAUGGGUGGACCAUGCCUGUCUGGGGAGGCACAGCCUCCUCCAGCCUAUGAUACCUGCUGCCCAUGGCUAAAGGCCCUUUCCCCAGGCUAAGGAGAGGAGCCACUGAACCCAAGGCUCAAAUAAUUAUGGGUGACAACAAAAUAAAUCAGCUCACUGUAAGCAUGUAGGAAAGGAGAGGGAUGAUCCUAUUAUGAAGGUCUGUGCAAUCUACUGUGAGUGAUGCCUCACUUUUGGCACCAUGAGUGAUUGGCCUUGGGAGAGUACUGCCACUUUCCCCAGUCAAGGAGGGGCCAAACCUAAGGAGCUUAGUAGAGCCCAAAGGAGCACUUGACCCCUUCUGAAGGAGAGCCAAGCUCAAGAAGCCCAGUGGUGUAUAUGUGCCUCAGUCAGGGGAAACCAAACACGCAGAGCCCACAGGUGUCUUUGCAGGGGGAACCAAGCCCAAGGAUCAUGCAUGAUCACAUUUUGAACAUCUAUACAAUUGACUGAGUGAUGUCUUGCGGCUGGAUCUUGGAAGGGCACAGACUUUAUUUUGGUUUGUUUCCAUCUGCACCAUGGAUCCUGAGUCUGCUGACCUUGAUAGUCUGGUUCAAGGACUUUUAGUUUCCCCAGCCUUUGGGGAAGGGGCAAGAUUAGGAAAGUGUAUGUGGGUUCAAGGGAUAUUGAUAACUUAUUGGGACUAACUGACUAAGGCAGAUGAACUUCUAGGGGUACAUUUAUUUCUGGCUUGUGAUUCUUUCAUUGUACAUGUGCGAAAAGCCCAGUGAGAGGGCCAUUUAAAAGUCAAAAUAAUAACAUAAAGAUAUAUUGAAUAGGACAUAGCCAGCACAGUUACAAUUGUAAGCAAGCAAGGAAGAUGUAAGCAAGCAACUGUAGCUAUCACGAUUUUAUUUUAGUCUUUCCUCAUUCAUAUUGUGCUGAAAUUAGUUUUUCAUGGCAGCAGGAGCUUUGGUUCUGUGGGAAAGGUGCAACGUCUGGACUGGGAGGUUGAAAGAGGAGGGUCCGGGAUGCAUACUCUGUUUUUUUGAGAAGAGGGGAGAGAGGGAGGAACUGAAAAGUUUGGACAAGCGACUUCUCAGAACUGUGAAAAUAGACUUCAGUGUUAAGUCUCCCCAGCACGGGUCAUCUGGCCUAUACAGCUUGGCUGUAGGUGUUGGGACACUGAUUGCCCUCGUGGUGAUUGCAGUGGUAGUUUGGAGGAUUGGUGAGUUUGGAGUUUGGAGGAUUGAUAGCUCCUGUCCUAGAUGCCCUGACCAGUGGUUUGGUUACAGGAACAGCUGUUACUUCUUCUCCAAGAUGAAAAAGGAUUGGAAUUCCAGCCAGGCAUCCUGUUCUGCAGAAGGAUCACAUCUCUUGGUGAUCAAUGAUGCCAAGAAAAUGCACCUUUUCUUGGAAAUGCACAUAGGUUACCACUGGAUUGGUCUGAGGAACAGCACGGGCAGUGGCUGGACCUGGGAAGAUGGCUCAAAACUCAACAAUACAAAGGUCAUCUCUAACAGCCCCGUGCAGCACUGUGGCGUCCUGGUGAAGGGUGCUCUCCAUGCCUCCAGCUGUGCAGUUGAUUUCCCAUGGAUCUGUGAGAAAUCCCCCAAGUAACCUCCUCCUGCACUUUCCCACAGAAUAGUCUUCACUCACACCCGGCCAAUGGAUCUGGACCCCAACAGUGCAUCCAGACAUGCCUAAUCCUUGUUCCCAGUGGGGCCAGGCUGCUGAUACUCCUAGUAGGAGCUUUGUGUCACCAUUGCCCUCUGUUGAAAUUGCACAGCCAUGUAGGAGACUGAAAUCUGAUUCAUGGACUUUCAGCUCGCUGAGGCUGGAGCUCUGAGGGUGAGUUCUGUGCAGAAAACCUAGAUCCAUUUGCAGUCCUCAUCUUUCAGGGCUGGGAGCAUAGCAGAGACCUGCUGACAUUAUCUUUGUUGCCAUGGAAAAGACCUGAGUAUGAUUCCCAGUCUUAGUCUUUCUCACUCUGCCCUAGUGCCUAAGUUAUUAGUGUGACAGCGGCUCGGCCCAGCGACCCCAUAGGGUUACACUUCUGUGUUGAGCGACAGUCCUGUGGCACCUUAUAGACUAACAGAAGUAUUGGACAUGAACUUUCAUGGGUGAAUACCCACUUUGUCAGCAUGAGGUUGAUGGAUUUCCACUCCAUGCGGCUAAAUGCAGUGCCUUGCAGCAGCAUGGUGUAAAGUACUUCUGUGUUGCUGAGCAGAUGAUAGACUUUAUUUUCAGUCCAUGUUUCUCAUUUCUUUGGCACCAGGAAUGCUGCAGAAGCUGGACCUUCUGCCUCUACUGAAUUUUUCUCUACUUGCUGUGCAGUAAACUGGCUUCCAUUCCACUCCCAAAAUCUGUGUCUCAUUUGUUCCCCAAGACAGGAGUGCUGUGAAGGGAACAGAGGAAGGUGAAAUGAGAAUGGGUGACCUUUGUCAGCCUAGAAAUGAAAGUAAACUUCUAACUCUAAUAACUGAGGUGACACGGUGGGGGGGCGGGGAGAGAAUGGGUAAAUGUUGAUUUCACUGUACACACAAACUGAUGAAAAAAAUCUUUCCAUUGAUCAUCAAAAUUUACAGAGAGGCAAAGUAAGAGGAAUGCUGCUUGAGAACUUAUUAGAGUUUGAUUUAAGGUUAUUUGCUUUGUGUAUUUUGGCUUGUGAUGUUGACAAUUUGUGUUUUAAAGGUUAGACAGCUUUAACUUUUUGAAUUUCAACAUCUACUGUCAUUAAAUAUUGCCUGACUUCUCCAUAAUUUGCCACAACUAUAACAUUUAAAUAGAUAAAAAUCUAAAAUAAUAUUUAACAUAGAUAUUAGCCAUUGAAAUAAUAAAAUAAUAAAAAUCUAAUUCUGCCAGGCCUAAUUUAUGGGUCUCCUUUAGCUUGAGUGGUUCAGGUCUAUGCUUCUGAAGUAGUUAUUAUUUAUUUAAUAAUCACAUGUAUUAUGGUAGUGCCUAGGGACCAACUACGAAUAGGUCCCCAUUGUGCUCACCGCGGGACAGACACAGAGUAAUAGAUCAUAGAAUCAUAGAAUCUCAGGGUUGGAAGGGACCUCAGGAGGUCAUCUAGUCCAACCCCCUGCUCAAAGCAGGACCAAACCCAACUAAG